GCGCAGCGGGAGGAGGGAGGGCGUGCAUGAGAGAAAGAGAGAGCGAGGGAGCGCGCACAAGCAUCAAGUCCCCGCGACCACAUCCACCAUCGUUCCACCGUAAGCUCCCGGUGCCACAGAAGAGCAGAAAGCCGCAUCAUAAUGGACGGAACAAAGCCGGCCAUGGAGUCCAACGCGGAGGAGCCUCAAGAUGAAGGACAGGAGAGCAAAGGAUGCUUUGAGUGCUGCAUCAAGUGUCUGGGCGGGGUGCCCUACGCCUCCCUGGUGGCCACCAUACUUUGCUUCUCUGGCGUGGCCCUGUUCUGCGGCUGCGGGCACGUGGCGCUGACGGGCACGCUGACCAUGCUGGAGAACCACUUCUCCAGGAUUACCAGCGACCACGCCACCCUCACAAUGGUGAUUCAGAUCUUUCAGUACAUCAUCUACGGCAUCGCCUCCUUCUUCUUCGUCUACGCCAUCAUCCUGCUGGCUGAGGGCUUCUACACCACCAGCGCCAUCAAGAAGGAGCUGCAGAGUGACUUCAAGACCACCGUGUGCGGACGUUGCAUCACUGCCUUUUUCAUGUUCCUGACCUACAUCCUCACCCUGGCCUUUCUCGCCAUCUUCGGCUUCACGGCCGUCCCGGUGUUCCUCUUCUUCAACAUGUGGAACACCUGCGCUGCCAUGAGGUCCCCGGACUCCAACAUCACCUCCCCUGACUCCAUCUGCGUGGACGUCAGGCAGUACGGUGUUAUUCCAUGGAACGCCACUCCGGGAAAGGCUUGUGGUGCCACUUUGGGAGACAUCUGCAACACGAGUGAGUUCUACCUGUCCUACCACCUCUACAUCGUGGCGUUGGCCGGUGCCGGAGCUACUGUCAUUGCACUGAUUCACUAUCUGAUGAUCCUGUCAGCCAACUGGGCCUACCUGAAGAGCGCCGUCUCCACGCACGACUACCAGGACAUCAAGACUAAGGACGACCAGGACCUGGAGGCGGAGGCUCGCUCCAAGGAGGGCCAGAACUCGUCAUCCUACUCAUAAGGACGAGCGACCCUGCUCCGAGCACCACCCAUUUAACCCUCGCACCGCCAACCGACCCCACCACACCCAGCACCCACCGGCCCCUUCUAUAGAAAAAAACAAAAAACAAACAAAAAAAACCACCCCUGGUUAUAUUUGAUCGUCCCGCAAGCUCCUGAGUCUCUCUGCUCUUCCCUUCGGCCAUGUUGGGUCAUGUGGGCGUGUCCUCCCACCAGAAGGGAACAGGAUUGAGGGUCAGGAGAACCGGCAAGCCCCCAAAAAGGCUUCAGAACGGGUCGAGCUCGCCCGCCGGGAUUGAGCUCAUGCACGGUCCAUCGGUUCCGAAGCAUCUACGGGUUGUCGGGCUGCAGUGGUCCGGCCGUAAUGGCCCCGCCCUCCCUGAGCCAGCACAGCCUCUUGAUACACGGCUCCCUGCAGCCAAAAUAAACAUUGUUUACUGUCCGCACCCUCCACGGGGGAACCCAGACAGCGAACAAUUUCCUCUUUUUUUGAUGUUUUAUAUGCAUAUAUAUAUAUAUAUAUAUGAAUAUGAAUAUGAAUAUACUGUGUGAAUGUGUGCGAAUGUUGUUGUUUUUUAAUACUCGGUAUGCCAGGUACUCAACAUCUUCUUUUGUUCUCCCUUUCCUUUGACUCUGCAUCCCUGGUGUUGCUGUCCAAAUAGAGACCCUCCCCGUACAGGAACCCACACAGUUGGCAGUGAAAACGCCACGAUGAUGGAGUGGCGUCUCAAGGACGCGUGACAUGCAUGAUUUGGUAUUUUGGGAAACGCUUACCUCUGCGUACAUUUCUUCAUUUAGGAUGUUCUUUUGCUAACCUUGUUUCUUUACAGAAAUAAAAUAAGGCUAUGAAUAGCAUUUAGCUUUGCACAAACACUGGAGAAAGCUGGAUAAGCCACAGUCUCCAAAUGACUUCAAAUUCACUUUCCCUGGUGGUCCUCGGGUUCCGUUCCUACACCGUCCAAUUUUAGUGUAGGUUGGACAUGAACUACAGUAAUAAGAACACCAAAUACAAGAAUGAAACAAAACGAUCAACGAAAAGAGAACAAAAAAACCACGAUCCCGCUUGGUUAUUUCUGUCGCUUUCAUAGGAGCAGAUCCUUUAACAUUCCCAGGAUACUGCAGUGACCUCAGCAAUUCCAACAUCCAUCCAUCUUCUACCGCUUAUCCCAGGUCGGGUUGCAGGGGCAGCAGCCCACGAUGAGAAGCCCAGACUUCCCGCUCCCCGGUCACUUCAUCCAUCUCCUCCCGGCGGAUCCCGAGGCGUAGUCUCUCCAACGUGUCCUGGGUCGGACGUGCCCUGAACACCUCCCCGGGGGGGCGUCCAGGAGGCAUCCUGACCAGAUGCCCGAGCCACCUCAUCUGGCUCCUCUCAAUGCGGAGGAGCAGCGCUUCUACUCAGAGUUUCUCCCGGAUGACGAAGCUUCUCACCUUGUCUCUAAGGGAGAGCCCACUCACCCUACGGAGAAAACUCAUUUGGGCCGCUUGUACCUGCCCUCUUGUCCUGUCAGUCACGACCCAAAGCUAAUGACCAGGUGAGGGGAGGACCGUAGAUCGAUCGGUAAAUUGAGAGCUCAGCUCCCUCUGAAGCCGUAAACGUGACACAAGUCCUGACUGUGUGCAGGAGGAGGAGGAGGACAGCGUAGUUUGCUGAUGUUGUUUUGGCGUGGCUCAACUGGCAGGAGCCUCUUCUGUUUUUGCAAUCAAGACACUGUUGAUCAACCUCCUCGUCAUCCUUCCACCGUCCAGGUAGACGUUGCAAUAUGAGGUUUAUCCUUCAUGAUCGUGUUUACGGACCAAAAUUACAAGAGCGGAACGUCCUAAGACGGGACGCCAUGAAACCGAGGACCGCCCGUACAAACAUGGGCUAGAUUAGCUUAGUUUGCUAGUUUUCACUCUCCGCCGUGUGCUACCCUCUAGAAUCACAGCAGCAUCUAAUAGUCCAACUCUACCGUCUCUGCAAGCUAACCUUUCCCAAUCAAAACCUUUUCUUUGCCAGCAAACCUCCGGUGUGGAAUCCAGCUGUUGUGUCUUUUAGCAUCCGAAAUGCUUACCUGAACCACACCCCCACGCAUGAAAAAGGCUUCCUUUUACGGGAAAGCCACGCUUGUAAAUAAAUAGACUGAGAACAGCGUCGGUGUUGCCGUGCUACUCUGCAUCCUUUUCACAAACGUGUCAACGUUCCCUUCGUGUGCGUUUAGCGCUCAAAUACUAACCCUGCGUUUGAUAGAAUUGUUACGUAACAUCACAGUCACGACACGAGGGCUUGAGGUGCUUGUGAUGUGUGCAUUUAAAAAAUGUCAAAGAAUUCAUUUUGAAUGAAUUGUGUGUCGGUGAUGAUGACUUUUUUUUGUUAUGUUUUAUUUUCUGGGACGGCCAAGCCAAAAUAGCCACGCCGAGUAUGUUAAUGGGGUUUUCUUUCAUUCUCUAAAAGCCCCUCUGAUGGGCCACAUAGACUGUUUUUGGAUGUUUACACUCGGGACGAAACGAGUCAGGAAUUUUAUAAUCCGAUAUCAUUUAUUGAUCAUAAUCUAUGUCGUACAAUUGAUGAUCACCGCUUGGUCUGCCCUCAGAAGGAGGAAAAAAAGACAAUUGAUGAUGAGAUGAAGCAUGUUGGUAUUGUGUGCAGCUGUCUGUUCUGUAUAAAAGCAGCCUUUCUUGCCGUGUGUUACGUUGGAUGAAUAUACGUGCUCUGCCGCCACGUGGAUGUAAAGGCAAACUUCCAUUUCCUGUGAGACGACGCGUGUCGGGUUGUUGUCGUUUCCUUGUUAAUUGCAUGGAGGAGACAUGACUGUCUUUGCAGUUUUUUCAGGUGAUGUGUAGUCAAUUGUAUGACAACUUUGGUAGGCGGUGUGUUUUGCUCCCCCUCCCUCUGCACCCCUGCCCUUUUUCUAAACAAAAAAAAAAAACAAACAAAAAAAAAUCCAUUGUACUUUGAUGGCAUUGUAGUCUCUGUAGGUGUUUCCUUAUGCUUUUUAUUUGAAGUUGGAAAUAGAUUUAUGACUCCUACACCGUGAUGGUUUUUGUAACCUUCUCUAGUAAAAUCGGUAUUUUUUAUUAUCGUG